AUGGCAGAAGAGGAAGCGCCGGUCGAUGCGGCCCCUGACGCCGAAGACGUGCCAGAGGCGCAAGCAGAGGAGCCUGUAGAUAGUGGCGAAGCAGAGGCGGCGGAAGGUGAAGGUCCUGGCGAAGGCCCACCAGGCGAGGAGACGGCUGAAGCCGAGCCGGGCGAGCCCGCAGAGGGCGAGCCGGAGGCGAACGCAGAGGCCGCGGACCCCGCGGACCCGGCGGACCCCGCGGAUGCCGCGGAUGCCGCGGAUGCUGCGGAGGCGGAGCCCGCAGACGCCGACCCCGCGGCGGAGGGCGAGACGCUGGACGUUGCGGAGGCGGAGGCGGAGGCGGAGGCGCCAGAGGCGGGUAGGAUACAGUUCACGCUUGACCGGUGA